AUGUACGCCGCCCCGACCGAGGCGUCGUGGUCGAGGUCCGCCAAGCUGACCGAGUUCCAGCGCGUCAAGGAGGCCGUGCGUCGGCUCGAGCACACCGCGCGCGAGCAGCUGGCGCUCGAGCGAGAGAGCCAGAACGUCUUUGACUUCCUCAAGGCAGAGAUCACGCGGAUCAAGCGGUCGAUCGGCGCGCUGUCGAGCGUGGUCGACGAGGAGCUGGUCUCUCUACGCGGCGAGUGCGCCGCGCUGCGCGACGAGGUGGCACGUGCAGUCGACCUCGCAAAGUCGCAGACCGACAGCGCCGUCGAACUCAUCGCCGAGGCGCGCAAGCGGGACACCGAGUGGAUGCAGACCUCCUUCUCGCAGGUCAAAGACUCGGUGGCCAGGCUCGAGGCGGAGUCCAAGGAGACGCGCAAGCAGCUGCUCGAGCUCGCCGCAUCGCACGCCUCCGCCGCCGCGCGCCGCGAGGCGGACGCCGCGAGCAGCAGCAGCGCGCAGCAGCAGGCGAUCGACGCGCUGCAGGAGCGGUUUGCAGAGCGAAGCGGGGCAGUCGAGGCGUCCUGCAAGGCGCUCGCCGCCGAGAAUGGCACGCGGCGGGACGAGUCCGUCCACCUCGCGCGACUGGCGACCGAGGCCAACACGCAGAUCGAGAGGCUGACGCACGGGCUGCGCACCGUCCACUCCUCGGUCGAGGCGCUGCAGGCCAAGGGCCAGGCGGAGCGCGCGGCGGCGCAGGAGGAGCAGCAGAAGCGGGAGCAGGCGGCGGGCGAGCGGCUCGCAGAGGCGCAGGAGGGGUCGGCGCGCGAGCUGGCGCGACACCGCGACGCCAUCUCCCUGCUGGUGGAGACGGUCGACUCGCUCACACGCGAGUCCAAGGCGGGCGACGAGGCGCUCGGCGGCAAGCUGGCCGAGGCAGCGGAGGAGGCGGACUCUCGCGGCGCGGCGCACGAGCGCGCGCUGCGGCAGCAGGAGGCGGCGGUAGGCAGCCUGUCGACAGACGUCGACGCGGUCAGCGACGCGGUGCGGAGGCUAGAGGCGAGGCUGGGCUCGCAGCAGGAGCAGCUGCAGGCGGUGGGUGGGAAGGGGGCGGGGACGGCCGAGCAGCUGCUCGCGCUGCAGGAGCAGCAGGCCGACCUCAAGGCCCAGCUCUCGCAGGCGCAGGCCGCGCUGCGCACGAUCAAGGCGUCGGCCAAGGACGCCGCCGAGAGCCUCGUGAGCCACAAGACGCAGUCGCAGCGCGCGCUCGACGACCUCGUCAAGCGGUCUGAGGGCUUCUCCAAGGCAGCCGCCGUCUUUGCCGACGCGCUCAAGGUGCCUAACCCGCUCGGCGGCGCGCUGCCGAUGCCGCGCCGCGUGUCGCACGGCUUCGGCAGCCCCUCCAACGGCACGCAGCAUCACUUUUCGGAGCUGUCGUGA